CGUUGCAAACUUCGGAAAUGACACGUGGCUGAUAGUUCUUGGUUUCAUACUUUUUUAAUGUGACCAUUAUCAAUCAUGUCAAGAACAUUCACAAAAAUUCUAAGAACUGUCAUGUGUAUGUAUCAUUUACCCUCUUAAACAAUCUCUAGUUCUUUCCGUUUAUAAAACUAACGCCCAAUUUUUUCGAUCUCCAAGCAAAGAUUUAUCAAGGGUUUCAAAAGCCUAAGAUUUAAAAUUUCCCCAAAUCUUACAAUCCCUAAUACCCCAUUUAUUCACCAAAUGCUUCCUUUCAUUCAUCAAACGUAAUAAAAAAGGUGAGCUUUCCGCCUUCAUUUCUCUCUUUAUGUUUUGGGGUAUUCUUUUCUAAUUUUUAAAUAUUUUUUAAAUAAUUGAAUAUGAAAUUGAUAUGAAGAAUUAUUGAACAUGAACGAUGGAAGUUUGGAGAAUAGAAAAGAACACGAAAAAUCACAAAAACAGUCAAAGUCUUCCAAAUUUCGUAGGAAAAGUGACGAUUUUGCCCUUGCUAUCAGGAAGGUUGCAGUGGCGCAAGUAUGCGAAAGCGUAGGGUUUCAGAGUUUCCAACACUCUGCUUUAGAAACAUUAUCUGAUAUUAUUGUUCGGUACAUUUAUAGCAUAGGAAAAACCGCAAGUCUUAAUGCUAAUUUGGCGGGGAGAGCGGAAGCGAAUGUGUUUGACGUUAUUCAAGGGUUGGAAGAGUUGGGAUCGGGUUUAGGCUUUGCUGGUUCAUCUGAUGUUGAUCGCUGUGUUGCUAAUUCAGGGAUUGUUAGGGAUAUUGUUCACUAUGUUGGUCAUGUGGAUGAUAUCCCGUUUGCAUAUGAUGUUCCUCGAUUCCCAGUUGUUAAAGAGUGGAAAGGAAUGGGAAGUUUUUGGGAAAAAGGAGAAGAGCCUCUUGGAGAGCAUAUACCGAGUUGGUUGCCUGCCUUUCCUGAUCCUGAGACUUAUGCUACUCGGUCAAGUGCAGGGAAUGAAAUGAUGAGUGUUUCGAAUGGAGAGAAGACUGAGUUAGCGAGGGUUGAAAGGAAGGUGGAGCAGUCAUUGUUGAAUUUGCAACAGCGGUUUGCACAUAAUGGGAAUGAAGGAGGUUCUUCACGUGAUGGUGGAGAUAAUGGUAGAGCAAGGAAAGCUUCUCUUAGCAAUCCUUAUCUUGCUGCACCUCUGCUUUUUGGGGAAAAGGAAGUGGAAGUGUCGCCUGUUCUUCUUCCAGCUAAGCUUUUGAAUGAAGUGGCUUUGAGAAAUCAUGUUCCAGAAAAUUGUGUUGUGGGAAACCAUGUUUCCUUGCUAGAGACAUUUGCUCCUGCUAUUGAAGCAAUUAAGAGUGGGUUAUGUAACUCGGAUAAUGAACAGAAAAAAGUCCUUUAUAACCAGAGGCCUUUGGUGCAUUUUAAGAUUGGAAUUGGAAAGAAGUCUUUAGGCAUGGCACCAGAUUUCAAUUCAUCGAAGAAGGAUCCUGGGAAGAUUGCUUCAUGGUUUGGAAAUGAUAAUGAGAAGGAUGACCAGAAAAGAAGAGCAGAAAAAAUCCUGAAAGAAUCAAGAGAAAGCUCUCAGGAACGAGCUCAGUUGUAAACUAGGUUUGUUAUCAUCCAUUGUAGACUGUUCUAGAAUGGACCUAGAAAGGGACUGUGCAAGCUACCAGAGAGAAGUCUCCUGCUUUGAAAGCUUUCUUGAGGUAUCCAUGUGACAGUUGCCAUGAUAGAAAUUUGUCAAUGUAUGAUUCUUUUUAAUUUACAUUCUUGUUUCUUCUUUUGUGGUCUUAAACUGAUCAUGGAUUUAUCAGUUUGUGGCUCAAUCUGAACUCCAUAUGUACACUAUGCUCACAAUUGUUGAAGCUUUAUACAAUAUUGUAUUAGCAUCUGUUACUAAUGAAGUCAGGCUAAUUUCAUGUUGCAUGCUUUCUGCAUUUUUAAGUUGAGACCAAAGUUGGAGAACAAGUACCAUCUGCUGUAAACUUUCUUUAACUGGCAUCAUGUCACACACCAUCAUGAAUAAUAUGGAAACUGAAUAUUCAUGGUUGACAAGUUAGAUUUAACUGGCAUCUUCACUAUAUUAUGAAUAUCUAUUCCAUGUUCAAUGGCCUUGUUGAUUUGUUUUGUUGUUAUCUUGAUGGUAGCCUUUGCUGACUACAUAGGAUGUUCUGGAUAACAUAUGAAAAAUAGUAAUAGUUGACGGAUUGAAACAGAAUGGUGAAGGCUAGGUUAAGCAUAAUUAAUAUCCUGUUACAUGUAGGUCAUUGUAUAUGGUGCACCCGCUCCUUGACAUAUUUCUAUUUUAUGUAUAAACUAAAUUAACAGCUAUAAUACUUUCACUGGCAUUUUAGAUGUUACUUUGAGACAAGGAAGCAAGGCUUGAUAUAGGUUGCUAGUAUCUUAACUGUGCACCUAUCUAAUCUGACACAGAACAGUAAUUAAAUCCUGUGUAUGUCAAUUGUCCUUUAGUUGUAGGGGUUCAUGAGGAUAUGGAUAGACUCAUAUCUGUAUUAUCAUUACAAAAAGUUUCCUACAUAUUGAAAUAGAACGGGUUGUACAUGGGUCAAGAUUAAUGUGAUCAGAUGCUUUCAAACAGCUGCUUUUGAGCUUUAUCUUCUAACAGGGUUCCGGUAUACUGCAAUCCCAAAUGGGAUGUCUUGAAUUCCUUUAAUCAUCUGAAUUUUCAGGUUACACUUGUUAUGACAUUGAAAAUUGUGUCCAACUUUGUUCUGUGUGAAUAAUACGUGUUGGAUUUGUGCAUAAAUGUGUUAUAAGACCUAGGAUAGGGUCUUACUCUAGCUAAAAAUACAAUCUGACUAGGAAUCAGCAUUGGAUAAUUUGCAGAACUGCAUUAAGAUGCAGAGAUAAUCAACCAUCCUGGAUUUUGAAAUUGAACUCAAAAGUAAGUAAUGGCAUUUAAAGAUCACUUAUUGGGAGUAGGGUUGAAAGUUACUAAUUACAUUGCAUCAGUGCAAUCCAAACCCUAAUCCGACCCACUAUAACUUAUAGUAUAUUGCAGAAAUUUAUAGCAAUCCAUGGUAUUUAAAGAUUACUUACUGCUAUCAUUUCUUCUUUCAUUCUUUGAUGUCAAACGCACCCCCUUCCCUUCCCCACCCCCCUUUUGCUUAGUAUUUAGAUAUAGCUGUCAAUGGUUUUUCCUUCUUACUGAUUAAAUAGGUACUAGCAGGGCGGUUGAAUGCAAUAAUGACUUACAUCCCAAAAACUUCAAGUUUUCUUGUCUAAGGAGCCAAUCUAUAUAUCUCUAAUUUUUUUGCUAAAUAACAUGGGAGUCAGAAUUUGUGGUGGUUCACUAAGAACCUUGAAUCAAAUUUGAAGUAGCAAGAAGCUUUGGAUGACCGCAUAUGUUGAAAUUUGCCUUUUAAACAACUGCUCAUCUAGAAGCAUUUUGCAAAUAGAUCAUUGCUGAAGAUUAUACAUAUCAACAAAUGCUUUUUGACACUGAAGGGGCUCCUUUUAUUUGGGUUGAGGAGGUCUUAGUUUAACAUUUAAUACUUGCAUAACCACUUGAAAUGGUGAACGAAUGAAUUGUCUGUUUGGUGCAAAUGGUAAGCAAAGCAAUAAAUCUUAUGAGUCAUUGUACCAACUUGAGAAGAAGCUUAUUAAAUUCUUUGAUUACUUCUUUGUUAGUAGUUGGAAAAAGAAAGUUAUCUCAUAUGGAUAUGCUUGAUGCAGAUACAAUUGUACUGCCAAAAAGGGAGAGAAUACAUAUGUUAGCAUAUACAUAAGAUUGCAAUAUACGCGCAUUUCAAGGGCUUUUUAAUUUACAUGGUGGUAAGUUUCAUUCAAGUUUUAUUUGCAACUAUAGACCAAAUGAAUUUGAGAAAAAAGAUAAAUGAAGAAACCCUUUUUCUUGUUGCCCCUUUUUCUCCAUUCCAGAUGACAUCAUUAGAAAUACCACUUCAAAAACAGUCGCCUGCAAUGCACACUAGGCUGCCUGCCCUUGUGAAUUUGCUGCUUCACCACUGAUAACUUCACAUCUAGUACUACCCAUGGAAUUUCACACCGCCCAAUCAAUUGAUCCAAGCGUCAAAUCUCCCAAUAAGAUGCUUUUCAGACAAUAAAUCUCAUCAUCCAAGCUUACAUUUGAUGCAGUUUGUAGUUUAUCUAUAUCGGAACAUAAAUCUCUUACCAGCCGUUGUCCCUGUGGUCGUCUAUCCUCCAGCGUACUCGGGCAGAGAACAAGUUAGAACUGAUUAGAUGACCUGAUGGAUUGAAGCUCAUUGAGAAGACAUGCCAACAAUACUUGGGCAAUGUAUUUAUGGUUUGGAUUUGGACUGUUGCGAACAGGUGCAAAUUCAUUGAUAAUGGACCACUAGAAUAAGUUCAUGAGUUUCGUGAUGACAAAAUUUAUAGCAUGAUAAUUU